AUGUCAGAUCGAGUGGCAAGAUUGGCCGAACUUAGAAGACAGCGAAAUGGUCAGCCAAGUGAUGACGUAAAAGCAAGUUCUGGGAACUCUGCGGUACCAGAAAUAGGGCACCAAAGCAUUGGUAGUGCUACUGAAACGCUAUCAGCUCCUCAUGAUGGGACGCAAGAGCCCCAGCACGAGACAUCCGAUGAUGCUAUGGAAGAGGACAAUGGCUAUAAUAGUGAUUUGAAGCGUGACAUUGCUCCAUUACUCGCCAAGGCUGAAAGGAAGACCGAUGCUGCUUUGAAUAGAUUGAUCUUGAAGAGGUAUCAAGAAACACAGCAGCAGGCUGCACAGGCACAAGAGAUCCGGAACACGCCGUUGAAACUAAUACUAACAAACAGAAUUGGUAUCCGUUGUUUGUCUACUCCAGUGGAGCCAAAGGAGAAGGCCAACUCCAUCGUUGACGCCUUGCCAGGUAACAACCUCAUUUCCAAGACUGGUAUCUUGGCCACCUCUGCCGCCGCCGCUGUGUACGGUAUUUCCAACGAGUUGGUUGUUUUGCAUGAUGAGACUAUCUUGGUGGUCACUUUCUCCACCUUCGUCGCUCUUUGCGCCAAGUUCGUUGCCCCAUUGUACACCGAGUGGGCCGACGGUGAGAUCAAGAAGGUCAACGACCUCUUGAACGAGUCUAAGAACAAGCAUGUUUCCGCUGUUAAGGGCAGAAUUGAUUCCGUUUCCCAGUUGAAGGAGGUUGUCAACACCACCAAGCUGUUGUUCGACAUUUCUAGAGAGACUGCCAAGUUGGAGGCCGAGACCUUCGAGUUGAAGCAGAAGCUUGCUGUUGCCCACGAGGCCAAGGCCACCUUGGACUCCUGGGUCAGAUUCGAGCAGCAGCAGAGACAGUUGGAGCAGGAGCAAUUGCUCAAGUCUGUCUUGGACAAGGUGAACAAGGAGGUCGAGAACCCUAAGUUCCAGGACAAGGUUUUGGCCGAGGCUGUUGCCGAGGUCGAGAAGGUUUUCGCCAAGGCUUAA